AUGAUGACCCUUCUGCUUCUCCUGCUGUUCCUCUGCGAGGCCCACAGCCAGGCGGCGUCAAAGCCCAACUUCGUCCUGCUGAUGGCUGACGACCUGGGCAUCGGGGACCCUGGUUGCUAUGGCAACAAGACUCUCAGGACUCCCAAUAUCGACCGCCUGGCCAGAGGGGGCGUGAAGCUCACACAGCACCUGGCAGCAUCGCCCCUAUGCACGCCCAGCAGGGCGGCCUUCAUGACCGGCCGGUACCCCGUCCGCUCAGGAAUGGCAUCUCAGUCCCAGGUGGGAGUUUUCCUCUUCUCGGCCUCUUCUGGAGGACUGCCCCCCAGUGAGAUUACGUUCGCCAAGCUUCUGAAGGAUCAAAGUUAUUCCACAGCUCUGAUAGGCAAGUGGCACCUGGGCAUCAGCUGCCACGACCGCGGCGACUUCUGUCACCACCCGACCAGCCACGGCUUCGACUACUUCCACGGGCUGCCCCUGACCAACCUGCGUGACUGCAAGCCGAGGGGAGGCACCGUGUUCGCCCCGGGCAUCCGGCUGCUGGUCUUCGUGCCUCUGAGGCUCAUCACCGUGGCCCUGCUGACCCUGGCGGCGCUCAAGUGGCUGGGGCUCAUCCGCACGCCCCGCUGCGUCUUCCUCGGCCUCCUGCUCCUGGCCGCCCUGCUCAUCGGCCUCCUACUGGGCUUCCUGAACUACUUCCGGCCGCUCAACUGCUUCCUGAUGCGGAACCGCGAGGUCACGCAACAGCCCCUGUCCUACGACGACCUCACGCAGAGGCUCACGGCGGACGCCACACGCUUCUUACGUCGCAAUGCCAAGACCCCUUUCCUGCUUGUCCUGUCUUUCCUGCACGUGCACACGGCUCUCUUCUCUUCGAAGAAGUUUGCUGGCAAAAGUAAACACGGCGCCUAUGGGGAUGCCGUUGAGGAGAUGGAUUGGAGCGUCGGGCAGAUCUUGGAUGUCCUCGACAAGUUGAAACUGGCUGAUAACACCCUGGUCUACUUCUCCUCGGAUCAAGGAGCUCACAUAGAAGAGGUGACCAUCAAAGAUGAAGUUCACGGAGGCAGUAACGGAAUCUACAAAGGGGGAAAAGCGAACAACUGGGAAGGAGGCAUCCGGGUCCCCGGCAUCGUGCGGUGGCCGGGCGUGAUCCCGGCCGGCCUGGAGAUUGACCAGCCCACCAGCAACAUGGACAUCUUCCCCACGGUGGCCAAACUCGCGGGGUCCCCUCUGCCGCAAGACAGGAUCAUCGACGGCCGGGACCUGAUGCCCUUGCUGCGGGGGCAGACCCAGCGAUCGGAGCACGAGUUUCUCUUCCACUACUGCAACUCCUAUCUGAACGCUGUGCGCUGGAACCCGCCCAACAGCACGUCCAUCUGGAAAGCCUUUUUCUUCACCCCCAAGUUCUUCCCCGAGGGUUCCAACGGAUGCUUUCACACCCGCGUGUGUUUAUGUGACGGGCAGUAUGUCGCCUACCACGACCCACCCCUGCUGUUUGAGAUUUCCAGAGACCCCCGGGAGAGACACCCGUUAACCCCGGCGUCGGAGCCGCGGUUCCAGGAGAUCCUGGCGACCAUGCAGGAGGCGGUGGCCCGCCACGUCCAGACCCUGCAGGACGUCCCCAACCAGCUGUCCCUGGGGAACCUGAUCUGGAAGCCGUGGCUGCAGCUGUGCUGCUCGUCAUCAGGGCUGUCCUGCAAGUGCGACCGGGAGAAGCAGGACGGGAGACGAUUUUAG